GGAAGUGCCGCCGCAGACCGACUGUCCACUCCCGACGCGACAACGACGACGACGCUGGGCCAGCCAUGGACGCCGAGCAGUUCAGAGAGUUCGCCAAAGCCACCGUCGACUACGUCGCCGACUACUUGGAGAACAUCCGGGACAGGCCUGUGUUACCUGAUGUUACACCUGGUUUCAUGAGUAAGCUGCUACCAUCUGAGGCACCAUAUGAACCAGACACAUGGCAAAAUGUCAUACAUGAUGUAGAGCAUGUCAUUAUGCCUGGAGUUACACAUUGGCAGUCUCCAAGUUUCCAUGCAUUUUAUCCAACAGCAGUUUCCUACCCUGCAAUUGUGGGAGAAAUUCUGAGUGCUGCAAUUUCUGGUGUUGGAUUUAGCUGGAUUGCAAAUCCAGCUAGCACUGAACUUGAGGUAAUAGUCAUAGACUGGCUAGGAAAAAUGUUGGGUUUGCCAUCAGAAUUUCUACCAUCAUCUGAUGGGCCAGGAGGUGGUGUCAUACAGGGUUCUGCGAGUGAGGCUACACUGAUUGGUCUGCUGGCGGCAAGAGAGACUGCAGUGCGUAAAGCUAAAGCCCUCAACCCACACUUAAAUGAAGCUGAAUUAAGAGGAAAAUUCGUUGCUUACAGCUCUAAUCAGAGUAAUUCAUCAGUGGAAAAAGCUGGCCUCUUGGCAGCUGUUCCAAUGAAGUUACUUCCAUCAGACAACAAAUGUCGAAUGCGAGGAAACACACUUUUGAAACAAAUACGUGAAGAUCGUGCUAAUGGUCUCAUCCCAAUAUAUGUUGUAGCAACCUUUGGAACAACAGGAACUUGUGCCUUUGACCCAGCUGAUGAACUUGGACCCAUAUGCAAUGAAGAAGGCAUAUGGCUUCACAUAGAUGCUGCAUAUGCAGGUGCUGCCCUAGUUUGUCCUGAGUUCAGGCAUUUAAUGUCAGGAAUUCACUAUGCAGAUUCUUUCAACUUCAACCCACAUAAAUGGAUGCUUACUAACUUUGACUGUUCUGCUAUGUGGUUGAAGGAUGCAACAGAACUUAGCAAGAGUUUCUGUGUAGAGCGCAUUUACCUUGAACACAAGAUGCAGGGGAAAAAACCUGAUUAUAGACAUUGGCAGAUUCCCCUUGGACGACGGUUCCGUGCACUGAAGUUGUGGUUUGUUCUACGCCUGUAUGGAAUUCGUGGGAUUCAGGACAUAAUCCGAAAACAUUUGCAGCUGGCCAAAUAUUUUGAAACACUUGUCAGAGCAGAUCCUCGCUUUGAGAUUCCCUGUGACCAAAGUAUGGGUGUUGUGUGUUUCCGUUUGAAGGGUCCUGAUGAACUGACCAGAGACUUAGUUGCACAGCUUACAGCACGAAGGAACAUUUACUUGAUUGCAGCAACUGUCAAUGAACAGAUUGCAGCACGAUUUGUUGUAUGUAGUACUGUGACAGAAGAGAAGGACAUUGUAAAAUCAUGGCAGGAAAUUUUGCAUGUUGCAAAUAAGAUACUGGACUCCAAUGCUGAUGAUAUGAGUGUUAAAAUUGUAGAAAAGGUUUAAAAUAUAUUUGAAACAUA